UUCCCACAUUCUUGCAUACAAAGAACGUCUUGGAUCUCAACUCAAUUCCUCUUCAUCACCAACCACACACACAAAGUCUUCUCUUGAAAUCAGCCAAAGUGUCGACCACUUACAGAACCACCAAAUACUACACCACCGCACCCCUCACAAUGUCUCCCACGGCAUUCAAGCAACAACUCCUCCAGCUCAUCGCCGAGAUAGAGGAGUGCCACGAUCUCUGCCAAAAAAUCAGAAGAACCCGCAGUCUCGGUUCAACCCACGAAAGCAUCGACCUCUUCCAAAAAGACAUUCUGCCCUCGGCCCUCAAGAUCGAAGACGCCUACCGCGCCGAAGUAGCCUCAGUCGGUUCACGCAUGGACCUCGGUGACGAGACCGCAAGAUCACAACUCAAUCGCAGCAUCCGGGACCUCCAACUCACCGUCUCGACCCGCUUAGCUGAGAUCGCCAGCCCGAGACGCCACGACCACGUUCAAGUAGAAAGCCCAGGAUUCAAAAAGCUGCGCGAGAGAUGGUGGAAGAUCAUCCGGGAUGUCCUCGACAUCCUCAGCGAACUUGGCCGAAGACUGUCUAGCAUGAAAGCCAUUCCACCGGGACUCUCACCCGAAGAAUUCGCCCGACGAGCAGAUAUCAGAAACUACGUCUCUGUGCCUGACCGCAAAGUCGCGCCCCGCUCCGACGAGAUGAUCGUCAAGAACAAAGAUCUAGAAAAAUUAAUGUCGCACAUGAAGAACUCGUGGGUCGAGAUCGAGGAGCAGGGUCUCCCGGCGUGGCAGAACGCGUUCGAUGCCGCGAAGAUCGUGUUCCAUAAGCCGUCGGGCUUCAUCCAGCCUUUGAGCAAACAUGUUAGGUUUCCGGAGCCGGAGUGGAGGGGGAGAGGGAGCUCGCAUAGUGGGAGUACGAGGGGUGGGUGGUGAGGUGAGAUGGAGGACGUGGCGGUAUGAUUGAACGAUUUUUCUUUUCGGUGUAUUUUUUGAAAGCAUCAGCGGGUUGGGAGGGAGGCAGGCAAGGCGUUUGGGAAAAUUUGGUUGAGAGCGGAUUUUUUGAGCUCUGGUGUUGCGCAAGCAACAAUUUAUUCCCCGAAGAUACGUGGAAGCAGCUUAGUGCUGGGCUUGGUGGUACAUAGAAAGAAUACAAUCUGUUAUCAUCAAAUCGUUGAUACCUCUUUGCUAUAUUGUGAUGAACCUCUUAAAUAUGUCCACGUUGA